CCAUCAGAGAAGGAAGCGGAGUUUCCGGCUGUUUGCAGCGGAGGGAGAGGAUUGCUGACGCCGAGAAAAACGCCGCCGGCUCGGGGUGGCAAGCAGUAUUUAAGUAUCGGUAGUGGUUUCCUUUCGCAUCAGGGGAUCUUUGGGGGGCUGGUGAAUUUUAUUUUAUUUUUGCGAGCCAAGGGGGUCGGGCAGCAAACGGAGCAAAGCGGCACAAGGCGGGGGUGAGCCACCAGCUACCGGCAUGGCCAGGGACUACGAUUACCUCUUCAAGCUGCUCAUCAUCGGUGACAGCGGAGUGGGGAAGAGCAGUCUCCUCCUGCGAUUUGCAGACAACACAUUCUCAGGUAGCUAUAUCACCACGAUCGGCGUGGACUUUAAGAUCCGGACGGUGGAGAUCAACGGGGAGAAGGUGAAACUACAGAUCUGGGAUACAGCAGGACAGGAGCGCUUCCGCACCAUCACCUCCACAUACUACAGGGGAACGCAUGGGGUCAUAGUGGUAUAUGACGUCACAAGUGCAGAGUCCUUCGUCAAUGUCAAACGAUGGCUCCAUGAAAUCAACCAGAACUGUGACGACGUGUGCCGAAUAUUAGUGGGAAACAAAAACGACGACCCCAACUCCAAGGUGGUCGAGACGACUGACGCGCAGAAGUUUGCCGAGCAGAUGGGAAUCAACCUGUUUGAGACGAGUGCAAAGGAGAACAUCAACGUUGAAGAGAUGUUCAACUGCAUCACAGAGCUAGUGCUAAGAGCCAAGAAGGAGGUGGUCGCCAAGCAGCAGCAGCAGCAACAGAACGACGUGGUCAAACUCACCCGGAACAGUAAACGAAAGAAAAAGUGCUGCUAGCCGACUCGAAGCCAUCCACGAAAGGGCCGGCGGCGUCUUUUUCGUCACACAUGCAUAUAUAUAUACACCAGAUGCGACUCAGAGCAUCUAAAUUAAAGAGCAGAUAAAGAUUUAAUAAAUAUACGGUGAAAGAUUUAAAACAAACAAAUAAAUGGGGGGGAAAAAAUUUCCCGUUUGGACAAACUAGUCAUGAGGACUUAAAAAAAAAAAAAAAAAAAAGUGUACAGAUUUUAUUCGAGGUCAAAUCAAGUUUUAUUUGGAAUUCAGCAGAUGGGCACUAUUGACCUGAGGUCCUCCUUUCCUAAAGGAUCUGCAAGCCGACCACUGACCGCCAUAAUGCUCCGAUUUCUAACCACAUAAACCCCUCACUCGGUAUCUCAUCGCUCCUUCUCAUUCCACUGCACACGGGACAUUUGGAGUCGAGUCCGACUCUACGCCUGAGGAGAAGGAGGGUUCAAGUUCUUCUGGAUUUAUUUGUUUGUUGUUUCUGUGGGGGCAAGGGGUGGGGGGGGGGAUGUUCGGUUGGUCGGAACGGGCGUCGGAGUGGAGGUCGCGCCGCCUCUCCAGUUAAAACAUUUCAGACACUUAUGUUCUUGUGUGUCACGCCAAGAAAGAAAACACACAGAUGAUGGUGAUUGGUGACCUUUCACAUUUCGGUUUUUCUUUGUCUAUUUGCCAAGCUUCCCGUCCUCGACCCGCCGCUAACCUCCAACAGUGCUGAGCCAACGAUAAUUGAUUUUUAUUUUUUUGUCUUGUCUCUCUUCCUUUUUUUAAAGUGCGACGGAGCAGUUGAACCGCUCCUGGAGCUCUGAAAGCACCGCUCACUGCAGUCUUACUACUCUUACAGUGUUUACUUUUAAACCCUUUCCUCCACCUUUAAAAAUAUAUAUAGAUAAAUAAAAAACAAUUAUACUGCCAAUAUUCAAAAAACAAACACAUUAGGAGCUCAGUGGUGCCCCUUAUUUGCAUUGUUGCCAUAGUGGCCGUGAGGCACGGUGAAUCAGGGUCUGAUGAGACCCUAUUGAGUCCUCAGGAAGUGCUCAGGGCUGCCCUCCCUCCCGCUCCAUAAUUCCCCCCCGCCACACACACACACACACACACAUCGGCACCUCUCACAGCGACGGACUCACCCGCUGCAUUCGGGCCAUCAAGCGGCUGGACAAGGCUCUUGCUCUGGAAACUGUUGUCUCGUGGUCGUCGCGGCGACCGCCAAUCCAUCGCAGACUGUGGUUUUUUGAGCAUGUAACACUUUGUUUGAAGGGGUUCGUGAAAAGUUAUGCCUGACAUGCAUUUUACACUGUCGAGGAUUUACUGUAUUGUCUCGGCUCGCAGAAUAUUCUUCACAGUUGACUAAUGUUCAAGUCUGAUGUCAAGUUUUUCUUUGCGUUUAAGCCCGUCACCCCCAUCCCCCACUCCUGCUUGCUACCUGUUCAAUUGAAUUGUUGCCUGACAGUGUUUUGGGCCUCCGUGGUGAGAGUGUGGCAGACUGUUAAUGUGAGAACACAUGGAGAUGGACUGCAGCACUGGAUCCCAGUGCGUUGGGGCCGGAGCGCUCUCUCUCGCUCUCUCUCGCUCUGCACCGCCAGGGUUUGUCAGAGGCGGAAGCGUCUGUUACUUACAUAUUUGUUUCUUUAUGUUUGAAUUGGGAGAUUAAUGAAUGGAGGGAGCUGAGGAUGCGUUGGAGUUUUCCAUCCUCUGGGCGGUUUGGGAUCCUGUCACUGACUUCCAGGGCCUCGGAAUGGUAUCAAAUCCCACAUUUCUACUCAUGUGUAUGUAUAUAUAAAUAUAUUUGUGUGUUUAUAUUCGGUAUAGAACAUACACACAUCAUUAGCACACCAAAUUGUGCAUGUGUAAAACAUGCCCUGUGUGCUUUGGUUGGAACACACUCGUCAGCUGUGGUUUGCUGUACACUGGAGAAAAAGAGAUGUACUGUUCAUUUUUUUCCCUACAUGAAUUUAAUCGGUAAUAAACGUUUUAAAGGAAUAAAUAUUUGACACGUAAUGACUGAUCUCAUGUGUGUGAUUUUGAGGCUUGGUCUUAACAUUUUAAACCUGUGUCUUUGUUUUGUUUUUUGUUUUUUCUGUGAAUAAAAUGUUAUGAG